UCCUCUAAUCUUUCAUAACAUAACCCAACAGUUUCAAAGUUCGUGUGAUGUAUGUAAAUCUUCUUUUUCAUGAGAAAUAUAGUGAAAACACAAACGAGUAUUUGAUAUAUGCGAUAUUUGUUAUAAUCAUCUUUCGUUUAAAAACCUAAUCGAGUGAAAUAUGGCUGCCAAACGUCGCGCACUGACUCAGUUGGAUCAUCGUACCUUCGAUAUAGACGAACCAGAUGACCCAGAAGAACCAGAAGAAGUCAGUAGAUUAGCUACCGAUGAUGUCCUGAGAACGAGGGUGAUCAGAACAGCCAAACGGCGAGGCGUCGCACCGUCAAAUGAAGAAGGUAAAACGAGUAGCACGAAACCAUUGUUCUCUGGUUUCAGUGGUUUUUCCUCGGCAGAUUCCAACAACGGUCCGAAAACAUUUUCGUUCUUAUCAAGCUCUAAAAGCUCGGAUUCGAAUCAAGCAGGUGACAGUAAGCCUUCAUCGUUUUCCUUCUUAUCUAAAAGUACCAACUCGGAUACUGUCAAAAGUACUGCCAACGAGCCUACUUCAUUUCUCUCGAAACCUGAGCUGCCCAACGGCAAUGCCUGUAAAAAGAGUUUUCUCACAUCGGAGAUUACCUCGAAGACCACUACCAGCACUUCGGAUGAAAAUAAAUUAUCGUUUUUCGCACCCGAUAAAACCAACAACGAAUCCAACGAUAAGCCUUCCAUCAAAAACACCUCCAGUACUGGCAGUAGUGAUAACAGUACGGAAGACUUAUUUCUACGUAAAUUGAAAUCGUUGAAUUUAUUAUGCGCCGAGUGGAUUCUGGAACAUCUCAACGAAAAUCCGCAUUGUAUCCUGACUCCAGUUUUUGACGAUUACAAGAAACAUUUAAAUCAGUUGAGAGAAGAACGUAAAGCGAAGACCGCGUCUUCUUUGUCUACUUUUAAAAGAGCCAAAGUCGAGACGAAGGUAGAAGCCGAAGUAACUCCUCCACCAGCUGCUCCGUUCAAAGCGCCAGAUUUCAAGGAAAGUUUAUCCAAAGUAAAUUUCGGUACUUCCUUCUUCAGUAAACCUUUACCGCAAUCUCAAUCCGACUUGCAAUUCGUUAUCGGUAAUACCGAAACAAAACCUUACGAUUUCAAAAAAAGUACAAAAUCAGAACCCGAUAAACAAGUUUUUAAACCUACUUGUGCAACUUCAGCAUUCGUUUUCGGAUCUAACGCAUCGUCUUCGGAUUCUAAAACGGAUAAAACUGGAGAAUCCGACGAGCCUAAAGCAGCUCCUGCUUUCAGUUUUACUGCUAAAAAUCCGUUCUUCAAUGCUAGCGCAAUUUCUACCGCUAUUCCUACCACUACUGAGAGUAGUAAACCGGCUGAAAAUAACGAAGACAACGAAGAUCAGCCUCCGGUUCUCGAAGACGCAUCAAUCACCGAAGAAGGUUCCGUGUUUGACAAAAAAUGCAAAGUUUUUAUCAGAAAGGAUGGCAAAUUCGUUGAUCACGGCGUAGGCUUUGCAUUCUUAAAAGAGGUCGGAGAUGAGAAGAAAUGUCAACUCAUCGUUCGCGCUAACAACAAGCUAGCCAAUAUUAUCAUCAACGUACUUAUCUCGAGUAAUAUACCAAUACAGAAACAAGGCGAAAAUCACGUGAUGAUUGUUUGCUGCCCAACUCCAGAUGCUAAACCAUCCGCUGUUCUGAUUAAAGUCAAAACUUCCGAAGAUGCUGAUCAACUUCUAGAAUUAAUGAAUAAACUUAAAAAGUAAAUUUUCCCUCGACUCGCGAAAUUUUGUGAUAUUUUAAUUAUAUUGAAGAGUAACGAUUGAAUUUUAAGGCAAUUUUUUUUAAAAAAUUUUAACAAAACGACUUUCCUAUGUGAUUUUUUAUCUUAUUUAUUUAUUCAUUAUAUUGUAAAAGUCCCUUUGAAACUUUCUUAACUUGAAGUUAUAUUCUUGUUCGAUUUUUUUUUCUUUAUAAAUUACGAUUUAUUUGAUGUGGUUGAAAAAUGUUGAUUUCUCGAUUACUCUUCAUAGAAAUAAUUAUAUCCAAGGAAAUUCAAAUUUUCUUUUUCAAAAAUGAAAUCGGAUUAUUUAAUUUUCGUUAUAAAUGAUUCCUAUUUUUACUUUGGUUACCAUUCUAACGUGAAAAAUUUAUUGAUGAUUUUGAAAAUUUUCUCAAUUUAUAUUAAAGCUUGAAUUUUAAUUUGAUUUUUUUGUAAGUACUUUUCAUUAGAUUUUUUUUUGUUUUGUCGAAGAAUUUAUUAUUUUGUGACGAUUUUUUGUUUCAUUAUUUUGUUGUUUACUUGUAAACGCGUUUUAAAAUAUUUUAAUUUUACGUCGAAAAUUAUUAAUUAUUUUCUUUAUUGUUCGAGACAGAUUUUUAUUUUAUAUUCCGAAUUGUUAAUUCUUCUGUAAUCGUAAGCCUGAAUUAUAUCAUAAGUAAAGUUUUUUAUUUUAAUUUUUGAUUUAUAUCAUCAGUCUGAUUAUUGUUUGCUUUUUUUUCUCGUGAAAAUUAUGUCAUUAUUACAAUUUUUAUUUCAAUAAAAAUGUUCGAAAUUACUUCAAA